GUGUCGCUAGAUUGAGACCAAAAAGAGGAUGGAGAAGAGGAGGAGGAGGAGGAGGAAAGGGAAAGAGAGACAACGGGGUAAUUCAUUCAGUCCUCUGUGAAAGAGAGGAAGACUCGGUUUCCUCUGAGCAUUAUGAAUACAAGCGCAGUCAGUCAUCAAAUUAUAGCCAUCUGCAUUGGCCUGAGACCAGGAUUCUGCUUGACGCACAAUAAAGUAGUGUGAGGAGGGGCGUGGUAGCUAGAGGGGAUCAGAGACUGUCCUCUUAGGUGGUUAAACCUCCACCCACAGACUGACACCCAGUGUAGCAGCAGCUUCACAGCUCCAGCUCACACUCUUAAGGUGCAGGGAUGAUCCUUUACGGAUAAUGAUGUCUUGUCAGCGAAAUCACCUCAGCAAGAUCCCAUCUACACCCAGCCCUGAGUUUGUGAAAGAUGGAGAAGACAGCAGAGUGUUACGUUGCAGCAGGGAAACAGGAGACCUUCAGGCUUACGUGUUUUUCUUUCAUCCUGCAACAGCAGCAAGCUGAAUUUGAACCAGAAAAUCCCCAGGCAGAAUUGUCUUGGCAUCGCUCUCUCCUUCAGCUUUUUAUCCCCAUGCUCAGUGAACAAUCCAACAAAAGCUUGGGUUUAAGAACCAUGGAGCUCAUUGCGGUUUUCUUUGUUAAUGCAAUUGCCUGUAAGAAAAGAUUCUGUUCCCCCAUUUUUCAGUUUCAGCCUGAAGGCUCCUGUGCAAUUAGCACUAUUCUUUCAUUUGGAAUACCUUCUCCUUACCAGAAACUCUCUGAACUGUAUCAUAAUAGCCUCUGGCACAGUCAGCAGCAGCUAGCGACAAUAGCCUCCGAAAAGUGACAUUUUGAAAAUGAAUGAUGUCUAACUGUGAUAAUUCCAUACAGUUCAGUCAUACAAACCAUAUUUGCAUGUUCAGUUCUGUAUAGGUUUUAAAGUACCAGGAACAAUCUCAUUGCUUUAGUUUUAACAGUUUCUCUAAUUUUGUUCACUUCAUGUUAUUCACACAAUGUGGAUUACAAAGUUAAACAUGUGAUAAUGUUAGAGGCAGUUUCCCGAGCCACCAACGUGCUGUUCUUUGGCUGCAGGAGACAGAUGCUGUGUAGCGCAUAAUCGAUAGUCUCUGUGUCUUUGGCCCGGUACUGAGACCGUUCAUCACUGACUUUGUUCUCGACAGAGCAGCCUUGGAACCAAAAACAAAUACCUCUUAGUGGAAUCACAAAAGGAUAGACACAAAAAAAGCUUUGCUUUUGUCUUCACUGACAUCAAGAUGAUUGUCUUCACAUUCCAGUUUCAGGUGCAGAUCUCAGGUGGAGGGGUUCAUUCACAGGAUGCGAAACAAAAGGACAAAAGUACCCUUCAGUCUUUUGAAGUUGGCAGCAGGGCGUUAAUGUGGAUGCAACACAGACACAAGCUGCCCUUUAAAAGGCAUACACACACAUAAACACACACACAUUGGCUCUCCCACAGACAUCUUCGAGCGGAUGAAAAUACUUUUUCCAUUUAUAGCUAUGAAUGUGAAUGUUUAGUAUUGUGUUUUCCCUUCUAUAUUCUGACUCAGCUGUGUCUGAGAAGUUAUUUUAUGAGACUUUUGCCUCAUGGCAUCGAGCCCACAGUCCUGCUAGGCUACUGGAUCUUCAUGAUCUCAUAGGAAUGUUCUAACUUUCACACAGAAAAGUCGCUCCCUGCCUCACAAUCCCAAGUAUUUCAAAGCAUUAGCAUUGUAUUGUAAGACUGCCUUCUUCAUAGUGAUGAAGCGCUUCUGUCUCUCAGUGCCCAUGAGGGCUUUUUGAGGGCAAGUGGGUCGCUAAUGGAAAGCCCCCUUUCUGUAUCUCCUGGCUAAGGCCAUGGAAAACCGAAUGCUGGGGAAACAGGGUCUUGGAGCUGGUCCAGUUCAAUUUCAGAGCGUGUGCAGGGGGAAAUAAUUGACUUCCUCCGUGGUUUACAUUUCGUCGAGGGCCCGGAGAGCACGGUCCUAGGCAGGUGGCUGAAUUUGCAUAUCAUUGGAAACGAGACAGCUCAAGCCUGGGAAAUCCUGCACCCCAAGACUCUAUAUGCCCAGAGAACCUCUGCAGGGGUAAUGACUGAUGUCUCAGUAAGAGCAUCCCUUUGAGGCCAGAGGAGCUCCUCUUCAGCCAGGAGCAGCUGGAGGACACCUGAUAAUAUAAAAAUCAGUCCAGAGCAAGUUGCACUGUAACGUGAGAUGCAGAAAAAUGCUCAUCUAAUUGGUUUCUCCAAACUUCCACACAGCUGGAAUGCACAGAGCAACCAUCUGGCAGUUGUAUGAGGAGUGUAAAACCAUAUAUAGGUGUCUUCUUCUGUUAUCGCAAUCCCCAAAUAGUUAACCUUAUAAUUUGCAGUUGUUUCCAAGACAAAUGUGGUGCAUUUUUUUAAAAACUGAACAGUGAAAGAAAAUUUGUGUUUGGGUUUCAGUGACUGUUACAGUUGCAUACGCCUUUGAUUUAUGGGCUAACAUGAUGCCUCAUUCUUAUCGUUGUAUUUUAUAUUUCAUUUAUCACAGAAUCCUAUUUUGGGGACAGCUUCUGCAGUUUUCAAGCCGUCCAGGAUGUCUCCACCUUCCACUUGUCACUACAGAUCAAGACUAGUCGGCGGAGUGGGCUGUUGUUACUGGCUGCAGGAAUGGAGGACUACCUGUUCCUAGAGCUCCAGAACGGGAAAGUACAGGCCCGGAUGAAUAUGGGAUCAGGGGAGGUGAUUCUGACCUCAUCCCAAGGAGUACAGCUAAACAACCUCCUGGACCACAAGAUCUCACUCACGCUCCAAGAUGGCAAACUCACAAUGACAAUUGACGAGCUCUACCCAACAUAUGUUCCUGUGGUUGAUGAUGGAGAAGAGCUCAAUAUUGAUCAGGGCAUCUGGCUUGGAGGAACAGGAGACCUCGAUACUCCCUACCUCAGCAAUGCCAUUCCCCCUUUCCGUGGCUGCAUGACUCAGGUCAAAUUCGAGUCCCAUCAAUUUGAUAUUCUCGGCAUGUUGUUUAAACAAUGCCAAGACACAAAGGAAUCUUGCAGCAGUGAGUUUGAGGCUGGUGAUGGGGAGGCAACUAGUUUCAGCACCCCUGAUUCCUUUGUGUCCUUCCCAACCUGGAGUGGGGCUAGUGGUGCUCCAAGGGUCUUAGAGUUCCUAAUGAAAACCACCAUUGAAGACGCAUUGCUUAUUUUCCACCCUGGCCGAGAGUCAGACUUCAUUGCAGUUGGUGUUGUGAAAGGUUUUCUCAGAGGUAUGCUGGACCUAGGCGGUGGGGCGGAGGUACUGGACAAUACCCAAGUGCAACUGGAUGACGAUCAGUGGCACAGAGUUAAGGUUCAAAUCAGUGAGGAAUCUUUUGUUAUCAAUGUAGAUAGCCAGUCCUCCUCCCUGCCUCUGGACAAGUCACAAAAAUUGGACUUGGUUGGGAACUUGUAUUUAGGAGGUAUCCAGGGGAAAAUGAAGGAUGUCUUUCGUGAGAGCGGUUCCUUAAAUCGUGCAGAGGAGGAAAUGACAGCCGAAUCCUUCAUUGGUUGCUUGGGGGAAAUCAAAGUAAACCAGAAGGAUCGAAGCCUGCAGGAUGCUUUAGUGACCAAAGAUGUUCAUGUCAAAUGUGAAGGAGAAGACUAUGACUACUCAAGUUACUAUGACACAGAGUCAACCACAACUUCUCCACCUGUUCGCAUCCGAUAUGUCAAUAUGGAUUUCAAUGAACAGCACUGCCACCCAACAGAUGACACACCGGAGAUAUUCAAAAACGUAGGAAGACUUCUCGACAUCACUCCUUUACUAGUGCCGGAAGGUGGCGAAGAUUUUCUUGAUAUAAGCCACAUAAAGCCGACAUUUGACCUCAGUGCUGCAGGAAUUCGUCAGUCGGAGAUCAUCUUUUCUCUCCAGAAUGAUCCCUGGUAUGGCUUGGUUGAUAUUAACACCAACACAAGGCGUACACAAAAGUUCACCCUUCUCGAUGUUGUCAAUAAGAAAAUCAAGUAUAUGCAUGAUGGAAAUGAGAGGCAAGCAGAUCAGAUCCAGUUAGAUGUUGUUGUUAAUACUAACAGCAAUCUUCCAGAAUGUUUAAAAAUUCCUCGCGAGUAUGUCGUCCCAAUUGAAAUUCUCCCUGUCAAUGAUAUACCACAACUUGGUGGAGGGGAAAUCACCAUCACUGAAAACGGAAGGACCCGUUUGAGCCCCACCCUCAUUAAAAUCAUGGAUUCUGACACCCGUUGUGAUGAAAUAGUAGUAACUGUAACCUCAGAGCCUUCCAUAGAAGUUGGUUACUUGGAAAAUGGUCAGCAUCCAGGACGCAGCAUCUCAGAGUUCACCUGCAGGGAGCUGAAAGAUGGAAAUAUUUACUUUGUACACAGAGGUGGUAGUGCUGCUGAAAUCACUUUGGAAGUGUCGGAUGGACAGUCAGUAAGUCAUUCGACAAGUUUUAAGUUGUCUGUGACACCGCCACAUAUGACUGUUGUCACCAACAUUGGCCUUGUCUUGACUCAAGGAAGCAACGCAUCCAUUGGUGUUCAAAAUCUGGCUGUCAUCGCUCAUCCCCGUAAUGGAGACAUUAUUUAUAACAUCACACAGCCGCUGAUGUUUGGAGAGCUACAGGUAAUGACAAGUGGUGGAACAUACAAGCAGGUUACAACUUUCCAUCAAUCCGAUCUGGAUCGAAACAGCCUGAGAUAUGUCAGCACAGACUCCAGUGACCAAGAAGAUAUUGUGGUCGAGCGGAUUGAGUUCAGCGUCCACUUGGGACAGUUCUCCCUCUGGAACAACACCUUCAUAGUCAAGAUUAAUCCUGCACAAGUGAAAGUUUCUAACUUGGUUGCGCUGGAGAUGCAGGCUGGUGAGCAGCAAACAAUCAAACCCACAGAGCUUCAAGCCGAAGUAAAUGGGAAAAACCCAGAUCCACAAACUGUCAAGUACAUUCUUGUCAAGCCUCCAACACUUGGCAGUCUUAAGUUGUCAGACAGAGAGAUGGCUGAGGGUGACAUCUUCACACAGAGGGACAUUAUGGACAACACUGUUAGCUACAAGGUACGUGUGCAAAGAGCAGUGCAAAGUACAGACCAGUUCCAGUUCAGAGUCCUCGCUGAUGAACAAUAUUCCCCUCUGUACACAUUCCCCAUCAACAUCCUCGGCAAUGCACAUGCACCUGUCUUGACAAAUGAGAGGCUGGUGGUCUUGCAGGGUGGUGAAGAAACUCUUAACAAGAACUAUCUUUGGAUGCAGUCUUCAGGUUCCACAGAUUAUGUGUACCAGAUCAUACAACAGCCAAAGCAUGGCCGACUGAUAAGGGACUCUCCACCAGGGCAGCCUAGAUUUGAGGGGGCAAUAAGAGUAUUUAGCAAUGAAGACCUUGAGCUUGACAGGCUUAUUUACAAGCACGAUGGCUCCAAGACGAGCAGUGAUGAAUUUCAUUUUUCAACCUUUGACCAAGCAGCAGAAGAUUCAGACAAUCAGGAAAGAGUUGAUGGCAUUUUCAGAAUUGCUAUCCAAUCCAAGAAUGAGCAUGCACCUGUGAGGGUUGUGGAUAAAGUCUUUAAUGUAGUCCGCCACGGUCAGCGUCUGCUAACAACUGAUGUCAUCCAGUUCAAGGAUGAAGACUCAGGUUUCAACGACACCCAAAUUGUCUACGCUCGUGAGGGAAUCCUCUCUGGCAACAUCGUCUCAAGGUCUAAUCCUUCCCAGUCCCUUUUCCGGUUCACACAAGCCGACCUGCGUGAUAAAAAUGUCCUUUUCAUUCACCACGGAGCAGACCGGGAGCGCUUCCACCUGCAGGUGUCAGAUGGCUUCCACAAGACCACUGCGCUGCUUCAGAUUCAGGCGGGUGUGCCCUACCUGCAAGUAGUGAACAACACAAUCAUUGUCAUCGACCAUGGUAGCACCAAGACACUCAACACCACUCUGUUGAGUGCUGAAUCUAACCUGGACAUCAGAGACGAUAGUGAGAUCAAGUUCCAGGUAACGUCGCCACCCAGCGAUGGCAGGAUAAUUGUGAGUGGCAUUGAGGCAUCAGCGUUCACCCAAGAGGACCUGAAAAAAGGUGUUGUGUCUUAUGAACAUAAUUAUGAGAGUCUGAGGUCCAAGGACUCUUUCGGCUUCACCGUCCAAGCAAGAGGAUACUCUGAGAAGGGUACAUUCAGGAUUAAAAUAUUCAAGCAAGGUUACUUCUCUGAGCCCGAGGUGAUAACCAACGAGGUCAUCAUUUCCUAUGAGGGAGAGCACACCGUCAUCACACAGGAUAAUCUCAAGUCUGCUUUUUUGUCAGAUGUGGAUCAGGCUGAUAUUGUGCCCACAGAGAUGGUGUUCACCAUUAAAGAGCCCCCUCGUCUCGGUCAUGUGGUCAAGAUGACAAACAGCUCCGACAGCACAGCCUCGCCUGUCCUCGACUACAUUCACACCUUCACUCAAGAGGACGUUGAUCAGGGGCGCAUUCUCUACGUUUCGGCAUCCGUCCAGGGUAAUGACGCCUUCACAGUGGAUGUCAGUAAUGGUUUUACAACAGUGGAGGACCUGCGCCUUUCUGUGAACAUUGUGCCAAGGAUCAUCCCCCUCCAGACCCUCAACUUUACAGUGAAGGAAGGCCUCAGCAGGGCAGUUAAUGCACAGAUUGUUAACAUCUCACAUCCCUUCUACAGCUCAGCAAACAUUGACUUCAUUGUGGAAGAGUCACCACAGCACGGAGACCUCCGCUACGUGGAUGGAGACGAACUUACGUACUUUACAUGGGAUGAGAUGAAACGUGGACAGAUCUUCUACAUGCAUGACAGCACCGAGAGCACAGAGGACAGUUUUACACUCUCAGCCACGGCUUAUGAGAUUGGGCGCCGGAGCCUCCCCGUCACCAUCUCAGUGACUGUCAUACCCGUCAACGACGAGCCGCCAAAACUGACACGUAACACGGGACUGGAGGUUCUCGCUGGAGAGGAAGCUGAUAUCACCUCCAGCAUGCUGAACGCAGACGAUGAGGAUACCCCUGCAGAGGAACUGGUUUACAACGUCGAGGGGCCCACCAACGGGAUGGUGGCGUUGAAAGAGGCGCCCGAGGAGGGCAUCUUCAAUUUCACACAGUCUCACAUAAACAGAGGGGAGGUCAUCUUCAUUCACGAGGGUGAGGAGUCUGGAGGUUUCAGUUUCACUGUGACAGACGGAGAGCACACGUCUCCCCUCUACCGAUUUGUUGUGACAGCCAGGCCGCUCACCAUCACCAUGGUAACACAGGAGGAACUCAUGGUAUUUCCAGGAACAAGGCAGCCUAUUACGAGUGCCAAUCUGGGGGCUGUAACCAAUGAGGAUGGAAAUGAGAUAAGCUACUCGCUGAUCCGCCCACCUCGUUUGGGAAGACUCAUCCUGGCCAAUGACAAGAACCAGUAUGAGGAAAUUACCCGCUUCACACAAUCACAGCUGGAGUCAGGAGCAGUCUUCUACGAGCACCAGAUACCUGAGGAUCCUUUUUGGGUGGCGAGGGACUCCAUAGAACUCAGUCUGUCAUCCCAACCAGCCCCAGAUGUCCGUCACAUCCUUCCCAUCACUGUCUCUUACUAUGCUGCUCACAGCAACAUUUCCACACAGCUGUGGGAGAACAAAGGUCUGGACAUGGUGCAGGGCCAGAUGAAAGUCAUUGAUGAGUCAAUUCUUGAUGCCUCCAACCUCCUGGCUAGCCUACCUGAAGCUCAGCGAGGUGAUGCAGAUGUAAUAUUUGAGAUUAAGCGUUUCCCUGACCAUGGCCGUAUCACCCUGAAUGGUCAGGACCUGCCACGUAAUGCCCCAUUCUUCAUGCAGAAAGAUCUAGCUCAAGGAAACCUGGAGUAUUCCCAUGAUGACUCGGGGGCCUCCUUUGAUAGCUUCUCUUUUAGGGCCCGUCUGAAGUCUGACGAUCGUGGUGUGGCUUCACCUGCUGAGGCUGUGGUUCUGGAAGAGAUCUUUAACAUCUCAGUCAAACGGCGGGGCUCUGACCCCCCUGAACUAGUCACUAUUGACAUGCUUUUGGAGGUUCUUCAAGGCUCAAUGACCAUCUUAACCCAGAAGCAUCUUAACACUCAAGAUGAAGACAGUCCGCCAGAUGAGGUGCACUUCAAAGUGACCAAAGCCCCUCGCAACGGUCGACUGGUUAACUUACUCACAAUGGACCCCAUUUCUGAGUUCACACAAGAGAUGGUCAAUCGAGGGCAGGUGGGCUUCUACAGCGAUGGCAGCCUUGCGGAUGGCUUCGUGGAAUUUAUUGUGUCAGAUGGAGGACACCAAACAGAACCACAUACACUCCACAUUGGGGUCUUAGCUCGUACCCUGCUACUUGACAAAGCCCCGGAGAUCAAGGUGAAGCAAGGCGAUGAUGAGACCCUGGUGACUGAGGAGAUGUUGAAGGCCACUACUGGAGGCCCUGUUGAGGAAGAUAUCCUUUACAAGAUCACAAGUGUUCCUAAAUAUGCAGCUGUCAUGGUCGACCGACAGCCAACAUCCGCCUUCACCCAGAAGCAGAUCAAAGAAGGCAGAGUCAGCGUCCGCUUUGUCAAGUCCACUUCACCUCGAGACAGUGUCUCAUUUGUAGCCCGCAGUCGGGCAGCUAAUGUCUCCUCGGUCCUCAACAUCACAGUCCAACCUCUGGCCAACAUUGCUCAGGAUCCUCUCUUACCCCAAGGUGCGCUUGUGCAACUGGACAGGAAGCUUCUGGAUUCAACUCCUCUGGCAAACAAAACCAGAACUUCCCCAACGUUCACUGUCAUCCAACAGCCACAAGGGGCUCGCUUUGUGAGGUCUGGAAGUCCCGGUGCAGGCCAGCCAGUGGAUGUAUUCAGCCAAAAGGACCUGGAUGAGGGCCGUGUAGCUAUGGAAAUUCUAGAUAACUCUGGAUCACGGGGUGGUGUCACUCAGGAUGAGGCCCGCUUCCUUCUCAAAGCCCAUGGGGUGCCUCCUGCAGAAUGUGUGCUUUCCUUCCAGACAGGUCCCUACAAUGCCUCUGGUGUCUACCCCGCAACUCUGUUGAGGACUCCGUCAAAGGACAGUAAUGAACUCCCUGUUGUGAGUGGGAUCCCUCGGGUCACUCCAGCUAGCCCUCGCUGGAGGGGCAAAGAUGUCCCCACUACAACAUCUUCUGGGACACCACAGAUUUCUCGGCCUAGCAACAUCUGGUCUAUUCUUAUCCCAAUCCUGGUGAUCCUCCUCCUCUUGUUGCUGGCAGCCAUCUUGGCCUACUACCUGAUUCGUAAAAACAAGACAGGCAAGCACAAUGUCCAGACAGCAGCAAUCAAGCCCAAGAAUGGAGAGGUGGCCGGCACUGAAACUUUUCGCAAAACUGACCCAGCCAAUAACAUCCCCAUGUCCAACAUGGACUCCAAAGAUGCAGAUCCGGAGUUGUUGCAGCACUGUCGGACAACGAACCCGGCCCUGAAAAAGAACCAAUACUGGGUCUGAGACACUUGGAGAUUUGGACACAAAAGGGAGGUUGAUCCUCAAGUGUUUGGAAGCCUCCUCAAAUCAUUCCUCUCAGUAUUAUUGACCUCUUGCCACACCAGUUUAAAAGAAAAUAAUGUUUUGACACCAUUGGUUAUUUACUUAUCUCAUUAUAACUGUGGACAAAUUCUCAGGCAAUGAAACACUGAAUACAUAUUGGCAAAGAUAGAGGCAGUUUCUGAUCUAAGGAGGCUCAUGCCAUGUCUAUUUAUUUUAGUUUUAUCAUUCCUCUCUGUCAAAGGGCACAAAUGAAGACAUAAACAUGCCAUGUGUUUGCAAAAAGUAUUUUUGGGUGUGCUCUGUCAUUGUACUCCAUAUGAUAUCAUAGGCCAUUAUUAUUCAUUUGAGUGGAUAGGUAAUUUAAAGUCUUUGUGAUAGUUUGAUUUUAGUUUUUGGAUCAUCAGGAAAGUUGAUAAGCCUUGUAAAUAGAUGCUGAGGUAAAUAUAUGCUGUAUCAUCGAGAAGAUGAAAAACUGCCUCUUUGUUUUUUCUAUGUUCUACCGUUGUAUUAUGUUUCUCAGGGCUAAAUUCAGUUUAAAGGAAUAGUACAACAUUUUAGAAACGAAGCUAAUUCCCUCUGACUAAGAGUUUGAUAUGAAAAUUGAUACCACUCUCAUAUCUCUCUGUUAGAUAUGAAACUAUGGCUAGGAGACAUUAGUUAAACUAAACAUAAUGACUAAGGAGAGACAGAUAGGCUUGGUCCUGUCCAAUGGCAACAAAUAAUCACUUACUAGCACCUGGAAAGGCUCACAAUUAUAUGUUGUGUCUCUUAUGUAAAAUCCAACCACAGUGUAAAAACAACAUGUUUGGUUUAACAGAGGCUUGCAUGCUGACCUGACGAUUUCUCGGCCAGAUGCAGUGAAUUCCUGAUUCUGUCUGCCACCGAUCUCUAUGCUACGUUAAGCUAACGUUCUCUUGGCUAGGGCUUCAUAUUGAACCGAUUAAUAUGAGAGUAGUUUUGAUCUCUUCAUGUAACUCUCUGUAAGAUAGUGGAUAAACUUGCUUCCCAAAAUGUCAAACUAUUUUAACGUCGUCACACAAUAACGUUUUAGCAUUUUGACUUUUGUGUGGAGAGAAGAUGGUUUAAUAGCCUGCUCAAAACAGUUUUAAAAAGUACUUGUUGCUGCAACAGGUUUGAUUGAAUUUAGCUCGCCAGAGUCAGGUCAUGUUAUUAUUUCUGCAUGCUUCCAAAGUGCUUGUAAAUAUUCACUGGACUGGCACAGCACUGACCGCGCAGUUUGCAGACCACAGGCAGGACGUUAUUUCGGUAGUGUUGGACUUCAACACAUCCGUAUUGGCUGACAGGCAGGGAUGAAGUCAUCACAAACUGGGAUGUUUCCAGUUUCCAAGUCUGCAAUUAAGAAUUCAUUAAAAAAAAAAAAAAAAAAAAAAAUGGUUGGUGUUAGGGAGGGGAAAAGUAAAUAGAAUGCUCCAGUGGUUAGGUUGCAUUGACUUAAAAAAUGAAGA